CUAAACCCAAAACAGCACAUACCAAGCAAGCACUGCCAACCACAUCCAUCUGUCCCGACUCGGAGUCGUCAGUCGGCGAAAAGAACGACAGCCAGCCGCAUCGCCUCAGAGCGCACUUCCUCCAACCUACCACCUCGAUUUCUGGACCGCCCGUCCCUUCCCUUUCCUUUCAACACCACGAAAAGCAAACCAGAGGCAUCGCGAACCUCGGUGCGCAUAACAGAUUGUAGCAGAAGGAAAUACGAUCAGUUUUAUUCCUCGAUAGCUGGGACUGGUGGAUGCGCGAUCGUUCAACCAUCGCCCCUCGACCAGACACGUCGACAAUUGUAGGAUGGCCACUGAGUCACCCAAGCAACAAGGAUCCGAUGAAGCUACUCUGACUUCUGCCCCCGAGCCCACCGUCACGCUCGACACCGACUCGCAAAAUGUCGACCUCAACCGACCGCAUAUAAACGACGAUGCACAAGCUUCUGCCGCGGACGAGUUUGAGAACAAGCACAUUUCCGACGUCGUGGACGAUCUAGUGAACUCGACAGAGGUUAGCAUUAGUGGAGGAUCCGACAACGAGGCCGCUAGAUCCGAUGCUUCCAAAGGGAAGGACCACGCGAAAGGUCACGGUCGCGCCGCGUCGGGGGUGAAGAAGCUUGCAUCCUUCAAGGCGGUCAAGGUCAACAAGACCUUCCUCAAUGCCAAGGGCUCUGCUCCUAGCGCCGAGUCCAAGGCCGAAAAGGCGCCCCCAACCGUCAGCGCGGCAGCCGCCCCUACCGGACCCCCGACCGGAACCAGACCUAGGCUAGUUGCCAAAACCGGUAGUGGCCUGAUUACGAGGUCGUCCGGGGCGAACGGAGGCAAGACUGGCUCAGCUCCCGAUGCGAGUGCCGUCUGGAACAAGAAUCGACCGGCUCCUCCUCCAGAGCCAAAGACGUACACGGAUGAAGAGCUCAAGAAGUAUGGAAUUCACAUGGCGACGCGACUUCAUCCUGAUGAUACCAAGGGCCAGUCCAACUGGGCCGAUAUUGAAGACGAUGACGAAGACUGGGCGCCAGACACGAUCACCUGGAAGGACGGGACAAAGAUUGCGAUCACGCAUACCGAGGACCAGCCGGCACCGCCUCCUGAACCAGCCUCCCGCCCUACCGCAAAGGAACCCCUGGGUGCGGACAGGGCUAAGCCGCCUGCAGCUGGCACCUCGCCAUCUGUCAAACCCGGUGUUUUGGCAUCUGGAAAGGGACUUGUGCUGAAAGGCGCGCAAGAGAAGCCAACCUUGGUGGCAAAGCCGCCCGCCCCGCCGACCCCGGCAAAGUCGCCGUGGGCACCAUUGCCGAAAAUCGAAAAGGCGUCUCCAAUUGCAGUGGAGGCGCCAACCCAUGCAGGACCGAAGUUUCCACCAAAGGAGACGCCGGUGCAGCACGCCAACACCCCACAGCCCCCGAAAGAGAUUGCCGCAGACGACUUCAGUCGAGGGCCCUGGCGGGAUGGUUCCACGGGAGGCAGUAGAGAACUGUUCAACUCGCAGUCCGGGCGUUACGAGCCGGUUCCUGACCGGCGGGGCCCCCUGCGCCAAGAGCGCCAGGCGCCUCUGUUGCAACGACCGUCGCACCAUGAACAGCACGCACCGAUAGAACCGCCUGGUGCGCUCCAAGCGGGGAGAAACAACGAGCAGGGUCCUUGGGAGCGCCGACGCGGGUCUUCGAACGUUAGUGGCGGAAGCGGUAGUUGGCAACGAUUCAGGACCAUGGAACACCCUCCUCCGCCUGCCGAGCUCAUCAAUGCUCGGCGUGCAUCCAUGACUGGGGGAAGUGAUGGCCGUGCUUCCCCCAGGAAUUUCUCGCCGUCUGGUCUCCAAGGUGGGCCGCGCCACGGCCAGCAAUGGCAGCACAGAGCGUCUCCUGGCACUACUCACGCUGUGCUUCACCAUCCGGGCGGUCCAGCGCCUGACGGGCGAGGCAUGCCGCCUCCGGUUCAACAGCCGGCGGUUGUUCCGGUCACAGAAGAGGACUAUGAGCUGCAGAAGAGGCUCAUGCGGGAGCGCCGGGAGCUCGCCAUGCGGCGUCGGCAGGAGGAGGAGGCAAGGGAAGAAGCAGCACGGAAGGAGAGAAUUCGCCUGAAGCUGGAGGCGUUGGGCCCCGCCCCCGAGUCGAAAAGUGCCAAAGCAGCAAAAGAACAGAGCCCGAUUCCAACUCAGAUCCAAACACGGGACAAUACUGGCCCCCAGAAACAAGGAGCAGCUGAGUCGCAAGCCGCGGGGAAAGAUGUACCCGCGCCAGCCGUCCCUGAAUCUGUCACGCACCCUACUCCGCAUGCUGACGAACCACGCCACCCCAUUCCCCAACCGGAUGGUGUCGAGGCUCGUCCGCAACCGCACGGAAGCAGCCAUGGCCACUCUUGGGCACCGACGGCGAGGCAAGCUGAUCGGCAUCCAGUCGUUUCGUGGGGGCACCAGCCUUCUACGAAGAAUGUAUGGGGUGCCCCCAAUAACAACCGCACUCUGGGCAACGGCACCUUUGUGACAGACCUUGGGACAGCACCGAUCACCCAGCCGCCCAGUCAGUCUGGACCUGGCCCCAUCGCGCCACCUAGUAGCGCUCGCGCGGCUUCAGCGUCUCAGGCGACGGUGCCCGAACCCGCCCCGAGGCAGCCGCCAAUCGGUCCUCCGAGGCAGGCCCAGGCGUCUAGAGGGGCGGGCGACCGUGAGAUGAAGGACAAUCCUUGGGCCGCUGCUGUUCGUCUCAAUGACGACAAAUUCUCGGAGAUGCUCAACGCUCAAUAUAAUGAGCGGGAUCGCCGGUUGCAAGCUGAAGGUCGCUCUUUAAAGGAUAUCCAGCCAGCCAUCAGAGAUACCUGGCGCCCAGUGAAACUUGACGAGAGCGGCGUACGCAAGGAGGUAGCUUCGAAACACACUCUCCACAUUGGCCAGGAAAACCCGUGGGCUGCAAACGAAUCGAAGUCCGCGGUAUUGCAGCAUGCACCACCUGCACCUAGUGGUACGCCGUCCGAGUAUGGCCAGCUCCCCGCGACCACCUUGGCUACUCGCGAUAUGACAUCAACAUCGGUACUGGGCGCUAGGGGCUCACGUUUCUUCCCCUCUCGGGAGGCCCGUCAAGACACGAAUCGCGACAUACGCCAGGAAGCGAGCACGGAGACGUUGCGACACGAGUCACCGUCUCCUCCUCCUCCGGAUAUGCCGGGUCAUCCGGCUUUCGAUGGUGAUGUUACUCACCCACACGUCUCUUUGCCCCGACCGCAGCCGGUUGUGCGGCUUCCUCCGUCCGCGGCCAACGAACCUCAGGCAAGCGGCCCAGGGGCCAACAACGCGCGGUUUGGCCAACCCAAGUCUCCGAGACCGAGCUUCUCUUGGGCGGCCCAGGCGGCAUACAAAGGCCCGGACAAUGCCUCACGCGCUCCCGUCCAGAAGCCGGAGAACGCAUGGCAGACCAGGAUCGACAACCUAUUGGGCGGGCGGAAGGUGCAUGCACCGCCCAAACCGACACCAGCCGAUGCCGGCAACCGGGUCCCCAAUCCAUCAUCUGGCCACUUUACUCAUUCUGAUGCAGAGGGGUCGGUUACCACGAAAGGGAUGGCGGAGGAGUGCUUUGAGGAGCAGGAAAUGGGCUCUGUCCCGCCCAUUCGCCUCCCCAAGACAGUACCGGAAAUGGCAUGGCAACCCAGCCCGGCCCCGAAGCCGCCCCAUAAGAGGCUGCAGCCGAUAGUGUCAAGCGCGGACUCUAUCACGUUUAACCCGGACAUAUCCGGCGCGGGACAAGUAUGGCGUAUCCGCCUUCCGGGCCAGGAGAGUAGCAAGGCCCUUGUCAUGCCAUUUGGCCGGACGCGCAGCAAUCCGCGUCGCGGAGGCCAGCGCGGCGGUCGGCACUCCACGGCCGGGCCACAUCGACAAGGCAAAGGUCGAGACCCGGCUUCAUACCCGGCAGAGCAGAGCGGCAACGCUUCCGGGGUCAAUGCUCCGCACGGCAAGCACCACCGGGGUGGCUACCGUGGGCGCGAUAACUGGUCGCGAAGCGCGUCCACGCACAUACAAACCUAAGCGAUUCGGACUCUUGUCUAGAUGGUCUUGGGCACACCCAAGGUCGUCAAUCCUUCGACGGCGUGUCUUGCGGCCGGUAAUGGCUGCUGUUGGUGGCCCGCCUGGAAGAGCCAGUGACUCUAUAUUUUCGUGCUGCUAUCUGAGGAGCAGCAGCAUUGUACUAGUUUCGAUUGUUUCGCGAUUC